AUGGUACGAGUUAAACAGACAGCACACAAAUCCGUAGCAGGUUAUGCUCACUACUUGAAAGUGAAGAAGGAUUCUUUGACACCUGUCAAGCCCGUUGUGGAUGACAACCCUGCUGAAGAGAACCCAGCUCCAGAAGAGAGAAAAGAAAUAGAAAAAGCCACAGAUGCUCUUAAGAAUAUGGAACAAGGAAGAAAUGUGAAUGAUACAUCUGUGAUAUAUUCAACAGACAGUAAUGGAACCAAUUCAUUUGGGGGCAGUCUGAGCCUGGAAGAAAGAAAAUCAUUUUUUCAAUAUGAUGGGAGCAGAGAAAUAUCUUGUGGGUUUCUAAGUCCUCAAGACACUGGAUUCAAAGUCUCUAGUAAAGAUCGCCAAGCUAUGGAUUCUUGCAGGGGUCUAGUUGUAGUUUCUGCCAUUUUUGGAGCUUAUGACAAGCUCAGGCAGCCAAGACAUGUUAAGAAAAUCACAGCCCAAAGUGUUUGUUUUUUCAUGUUUGUAGAUCAAGAAACCCUAGAAUCCCUAGCCCACAAUAACAUAAGGCCAGAUGAAUUCCACAAAAUUGGAUUGUGGAGGGUUGUGUUGGUUACAAGCUUGCCUUACAAUACUUCUGUGAUGAAUGGAGUCAUACCAAAGCAUCUGAUUCACAGGAUUUUCCCAAACAGUAUUUAUAGCAUAUGGGUGGAUGCUAAGCUUCAAUUGGUAGUUGAUCCAUUCAUAAUUUUAGAUGCUCUGCUUAUAAGAAAAAAUGGCAGCAUGGCCAUUGCAAAGCAUCCUUACAAUAUCCAUACUAUGGAGGAAGCUAUCUUUACUGUCAGAUGGCACAAAUGGAAUAAGCAGGCUGUGCUUCAUCAAAUGGAGAGCUAUUGUAAAGAGGGUUUGCAGCCAUGGAAUCCUUCAAAGCUACCAUUUGAUAGUGAUGUUCCUGACACUGGAUUGAUACUAAGAAAGCAUGAAAUUGCAACAAAUCUGUUUUCAUGUCUGCUAUUCAAUGAAUUGGAGGCAUUCAAUCCAAGAGAUCAGCUUGCAUUUGCUUAUGUCCGAGAUAUGAUGAGCCCAAAGCCUGUGAUAAGUAUGUUCGAGGUUGGUGUGUACAACUCCAUUACUUCUGAAUAUCGUCAUAAUAUUCUUGUGAAGAAAGAAAGCAUGGUAAACAAUUUAGCAGAUACCCAUUUGCAGGAGUCUAUAAUAUCUUUGGGUCAAAAAUCGGCCUGUCAAAAUUACUUGAACACAAUGUGGGAUAACUACUUGUUCAAUAAUUUUUACAAAUGUCAAAAUAUCAGAGGUUCCAUAUCUAUCCAGCCAGAUGAGGAGGCAGAGAUAUCAUGGCCUGUAUUUUUAUAUCCUGCAUCUUAUGGACCAGAGAAGUACAGAUUGCGCCAAGGCAUGGCCAUGGAAAAUUCAUCUUCUAUCUUUUCAUCACAUAGAUCAGACAUUUCGAAUUACAUCCAGUAA